UCCUGGAAGAGCAGCAGAACCCAGACUCAGCCCUGGCCUCGCAAUGGCUCCGCCAGAGCCCCAGCCUGGAGACCUGAUCGAGAUUUUCCGCCCUUUGUACUGUCACUGGGCCAUCUACGUUGGCAAUGGAUAUGUGAUCCACCUGGCCCCUCCGAGUGAAUUCGCGGGGGCUGGUUUUGGAUGUGUCUGCUCAGUGCUGAGCAACAGGGCCGUCGUGAAGAAGGAGCGGCUGUGCUUCGUGGCCGGGAGAGACCGCUACCGGGUCAACAACAAGCACGAUGACAAAUACAGGCCGUUGCCUCCCAGCCAAAUCGUCCAGUGGGCGGAGGAGCUGGUGGGCCGGGAGGUUCCCUACAGGCUGACCAGCAAGAACUGCGAGCACUUUGUCAGUAUGCUGCGCUAUGGGAUCCCCUGCAGCGACCAGGGCAGAGAUGCCAUCUUGGCAUGUCUCUUAGGAGCAACGAUGGGCAUCGGACUUGGCAUUGGAGGACCAGUGAGCCUGUUAAUCGGCUUAGGAGGAGCGUUCGGCCUGGCAACCAUGGCUUUUCGAUCCAUGAACUGAAAAUAAAGGAAACAAAAGCAAAGACCAGACGAGAGUGAGGUCUCAGCAGUGAUUUUACACUUUCAGGGGGUCUUGUUUUGCUAGAGGGUUUGACGUUUGGUUUGUGGAUUUCAUUCUGUUUUAAAAUAAUGCUUACUUUCACAAAAUAAAAUAAAG